AAUGUCAGCCGCUGAACUGAGGGGCUUCUCCUGUCCCUGGAACCCGUAGGCCUUGGGGUGACUGUCACCGCGGUCUCCUCGGAGCGUGGGUCUCGAACCCUGGCCAGCUACGGCGGUCGCGGUUCCCCGGUGCCUUCCAGACGCUGUCUGGCGAGAUCGGCGGUGAACAGAUAUGGUCCAGACUCUACAUGAACAACCUGGGUCAGACUGAGUGACUUCAAUAAUGAGUGGUGCAGCAUUGGGACUCGAGAUUGUUUUUGUCUUUUUUCUGGCAUUAUUCCUACUUCAUCGAUAUGGAGACUUUAAGAAACAACAUAGACUUGUAAUUGUUGGAACACUGCUUGCUUGGUAUCUCUGCUUUCUCAUUGUCUUCAUCUUGCCACUGGAUGUUAGUACGACAAUAUACAACCGGUGUAGGCAUGCUGCUGCAAACUCAAGCCCUCCUGAGAGUAGCAAUGUUACAGGGUCCUAUGCAACUGUCAUCCCAGCUACGAGACAACACCCAUGUUUCAAACCAUGGAGUUAUAUCCCUGAUGGAAUCAUGCCAAUUUUCUGGAGGGUGGUAUAUUGGACAUCACAAUUUUUAACUUGGAUUUUGUUACCUUUUAUGCAGUCAUAUGCAAGAUCUGGUGGAUUUUCCAUUACAGGAAAGAUAAAAACUGCAUUGAUUGAGAAUGCAAUCUACUAUGGCACCUAUUUGCUGAUUUUUGGAGCAUUCUUAAUAUAUGUAGCUGUAAAUCCACGUUUGCAUUUAGAAUGGAACCAACUCCAGACAAUCGGGAUAGCUGCUGCCAAUACAUGGGGUCUUUUUCUUCUCGUGUUGUUGUUAGGGUAUGGUUUGGUGGAAAUUCCUCGUUCAUACUGGAAUGGAGCAAAAAGGGGUUAUCUACUUAUGAAGACUUAUUUUAAGGCAGCCAAACUGAUGACAGAGAAAGCAGAUGCAGAAGAGAAUUUAGAGGAUGUUAUGGAGGAGGUUCGUAAAGUAAAUGAAAGCAUCAAAUAUAACCACCCAUUGAGAAAAUGUGUUGAUACCAUACUUAAAAAGUGUCCUACAGAGUAUCAAGAAAAAAUGGGUAGGAACAUGGAUGAUUAUGAAGAUUUUGAUGAAAAGCGCAAUACUUACCCAAGUGAAAAAAGUCUAGUGAAACUACAUAAACAGGUGAUUUAUUCAGUACAGAGGCACCGUCGAACUCAAGUGCAAUGGCAAAUUCUUUUGGAACAAGCAUUUUAUCUGGAGGAUGUAGCAAAAAAUGAAACUAGUGCCACUCAUCAGUUUGUUCACACGUUUCAAUCCCCAGAGCCAGAAAAUCGGUUUAUUCAGUAUUUUUAUAAUCCUACAGUUGAGUGGUACUGGGAAUGUCUUUUGAGACCAUGGUUUUACAGGAUACUUGCUGUGGUGUUAUCCAUUUUCUCUGUGAUUGUUGUGUGGUCAGAGUGCACAUUCUUUAGCACAACUCCUGUCUUAUCCCUGUUCGCAGUCUUCAUCCAACUUGCAGAAAAAACAUACAAUUAUAUUUAUAUUGAGAUUGCUUGCUUCCUUUCCAUCUUCUUUCUAAGUAUCUGUGUUUAUUCUACUGUAUUCAGGAUUCGUGUAUUUAACUAUUAUUACUUGGCUUCUCAUCACCAGACUGAUGCUUACAGUCUUCUUUUCAGUGGCAUGUUGUUUUGCCGUUUGACUCCUCCAUUAUGUCUUAAUUUCUUGGGUUUGACCCAUAUGGAUGCAUCCAUCUCUCACCAGAAUACUCAGCCAACUGCUUAUACAUCUAUUAUGGGUUCCAUGAAAGUUUUAUCCUUUAUUGCAGAUGGAUUCUACAUAUAUUACCCUAUGUUGGUAGUAAUCCUCUGCAUUGCAACUUACUUUAGUUUAGGAACCCGUUGCUUGAAUCUGCUUGGUUUCCAACAGUUCAUGGGAGAUAAUGAUAUGACAUCAGACUUAGUUGAUGAAGGGAAGGAAUUAAUCAGACGAGAGAAGAGGAAAAGGCAAAGACAAGAAGAAGGUGAAAAUCGAAGAAGAGAAUGGAAAGAACGAUAUGGACACAAUAGAGAAGAUUCUACCAGAAAUAGAAAUGUUCAUCCUGAUCCCAAAGAGUCCAAUUUCUCAGAUAUUAAUACCAAUUGGUCAUCCAAGUAUACUAGGGCUAACAAUAGGACUGAAAGGGACCGAAUAGAACUUCUUCAAGAUGCAGAACCUUUGGAUUUUAAUGCAGAAACAUUCACUGAUGAUCCUCUUGAAUCUGAAUCAGGAAGGUAUCAGCCUGGUGGUCGAUAUCUUUCAAUGUCCUCCAGUGUAAUAUUUGAAGAUAUUUAAAAUCAGAAAAAAAAUUAUGGAACAACUAAUCUAAAACAACACAUCAGUUCAGCCUUUAUGGAUGUUUGUGUGCUCCCAAAAUUCCUCUGUACUCUUGAUAAAAAGUGUCAGGAAAACAAAACGUUACAGAUAAUUAAUUACAUCUUAGUACUAAUAGGUUGUUUAGUUCACUGAAUUGAGUAUCAUCUUUGCUAAUAGGAUUUGUUACAUACCAUUCUCUAAGUAUCUGCCUUAGAAGUACACCUAUAGUGGAAGGGUUUGACUCAUGAUAAAGACCAAUGUAUAUUGAGAAUGUGUAAUUAAGUUUGUUUCAGAUUAAUUUUUUUUCAGGAGGCAAAGGUUCAAGGAAGCCAUACGUCACACUAAGUGAUAACGCAGUUUUGUAAUUACGAUUUACAUUUUUGCUGUUUCUAAAACGUAGGUUCAACUUGUACUUACUUAAGGAAACAUAUGUGAAAGAAGACCUCAGAUAAUGUUGGUAUUCACGAAACCAAUGUCUUAAAAUAAGUCUUAUCAGACAUAGCUGAAUGUAAGAAGCUCUUUUUCAAAUAUGUAUGCAAAUUAAUGGGAUUUUUUGCAUGUAUAACUAAGAUUAUACAUCCACUGACAAUGUCUUUAGCAUGUGUUCUCUAAUUAAGUAAUAUGUCAUUCUUUUCAGUCUUUUUUAAAAAAACAUUUUUAAAAAUGUUUUUGGUAUUAUUGCUUUGAAAAGAUUUUCAUUUUAGAAAGAAAACUCACCUUUGGUAUUACCAUAUUGGCAUAAGUGUUGAUUAUUCCAUUCAAGGAGAAACUCUAAGCACUAAUGGUAAAUAGGAGGUUUUUUUUUUGUUUUUUGUUUUUUUUAAUAGCCAAAGAAUUCCACAAAAAUUCUCUACUACUUAAAGGUGCCCAUUUUCACUUUUUGAAAAGAAAACAUCUGGUUAUAUAAAGCAAAAAUAUGAAUGCAUUUACUUUUAUUACUAGAACUUAAAUUGGGGCUUAUAGAAAAUAGCAAAAUAAUAUUAAAAUGGAAAUCUGUAAUAAUAAUUUUUAAAUGUGCUUAUAAUUUUAAAUUGACUAUUUUAACCUUUGUGUUUAAGCCAAACAGAUAUUAUCUUUUGACACACUGGUGAAUAUGAUUGAGCACAACGUACUUGCCGGGAAUUUUUUAUGGUCCUAAAGUAUCUGUAAUUCUUUCAGAAUCAAUUCUACAUUGGGUGACCAUAUUUAAACUUGCCCAGGAUAGUCUCAGUUUAUUAUCUAUUAUCCUUGUAAUUAUGACUAGUGCUCCCUUAAACUCUCAAGUUUCUUUAUUGAAGUUCAAUUAUAUGGUCAUCCUAAGAAUAUGAUUUAUGGUUCUUUCCUUUUUUUUU